UUCAACUUCGUUAGUGAGAGAGAGAUAGCCUUGAGGAAUUAUUCAGCAUACUUGAGUCCUUGUCCUCGUUGCAUAUCCAAGUUGCCCGUUGAUCAUGUCUUCUGGAGAUGAUGGCAAAGUUCCAAGCUCUGAAGCGCCUCUGUAUUUGUGGGGAGGCUCCUUAGUGCACAACAAGAGGUUUGUGGCUAACCUGCACCGUGUGACGACUGAAGCUCAGUUCCAAAAGUGGCGGGCUGCUUACGCUUCUGCCAUUCCAGAUGACGUGCAGGUCAAACUAGUGAAGUCUCGGGCUGACAACACGCCUCGUGCGGAUGCGAGCGACCCAACUGCUAGGAUCAUCACCUUCCGUCCUUUUUAUUUUUCCUUGGGCUUCACCUUCCCAUUGUCAAGGCUUUUCAAGGAGGUGUUCUGCGCCAUGGAGUGUGCUCCAAGUCAGUGUACCCCGAAUGUCUACCGGGCGAUAAAGUGUUUCGAGAACCUGAGUCGUUUCUUCACGCUGGAGCUGACAGUGCGGGAAUUCUUCUAUUUUUUUCAAGUGAGGCGUUUCGAGGACUAUGCCCAAGUUCGCAUCUACAAGGCCAAGCUGUUCGACAGUCUGAGUCAGGGAGAUCAUGCGUGGCAUGAUGAUGUGUUGGAAGUCAGCGGACGGUGGGAGGGCGAUGUCGGUGACAGCCCACUUGUCCCCAUCACCUACUGCAACGCGAGUAGCAUCAGCAAGCAACUGAAGCUUGGACCUGACAUGGCUAAGGUUCGUUGUGCUUUGAGCAUUCCCCCCAAGUUUCGUGAGUGGCGCUGGCUGUUGAGCGAGUACCGGGAGGAAGACGGUGGGCUGCCCCCUGCCAAGGAUGUCGAGAGAUGGAAAGAGAGCGGUCCUGACCCUGAUGAUCUGCUUGUCGGACAAGAAGAGUGCUCUGCCGAAUCCCUUUCAAAAAGGAAGGUUGCUGCUACGUCCUCAAGACAUGAAGCUACUUCUUUACGGGCGAAGGAUGAUGCGUCUCCUUUGAGGAAGAAGCCAAGGCUCCCUUCUGCUGAGAAGACUCAAGCAAGGUCUGCUCCAUCGUCAUCCACCAGGGCCACACAUCCCGCGAGCGCAGAUGGUAGGAAAGUUGGUGAAAAUCAUGAUCUGCUUCGUGAGGUAGUUCGUGCCCGAUCCCGUUCUACCGAGCGUCAGAGUGAUGCAGAUAUCCCUCUUCGAAGUUCAAGUCGUCCGCAUCAGUCGAAGGAUGGGGAUCGAAGCGGGAGAUCUGAUCGUGACCCAGUUGUUCAAGUCGUCUACAUCAUUUCUACAUCAUUGACCUCUUUGCAGGCGAGGUUGGCGGAGGCUAAGAAGAUGAGAGAGUCGUAUGCCCGGGCCAAAGGUUCUUCUUCAGUAUCGGCAGUUGAUCUCAAGGUGAACAAGUCUAGUCCUGCAAGGGAUGCACGUGUGUCUGAUCUGCUCAAGACGAACUUCUUGUCAAACCCGUCCUCCUGUGCUGAGUUGGUUGAUCAUAUCCGUCAGGCUGGUGAUCUAGGCAUCUUUUCGAGUCUUUCCUUGGAAAAUCAGAGGGGAGCGGCAUUUCACCUAAUUCAAAAGGGACUGAUUUUUGCUGCUCAGACUGUUCGGAACUCAUCUGAUGUUUCCCCCUCUUCUGUCCAGCUCAGCGAGCUGGAGAAGAAGAAUGUUGAACUUGCCAGUAAGCUUUCUGCCGAGCAGGCCCGUUGUGAGAAGAAGUCGUCUGACUUGAGGGCGAUGAUAUCGGAGUUGAAAAGCUCUCUUGCUGAGAAGGUUUCCGAGACGUCUGAUUUGAGGGCGACGAUAUCGGAGUUGAAAUGCUCUCUUGCUGAGAAGGAUUCCGAGCUCAGCUCUUCUGCUGCUGAUUUGAGAGUGGUUGAGAACUUGGAGGAUGUUUGUGAACUUGGAGAAGGAAGAGAAAUGUGUUUGUGA